GGUCUACGCCUUGAUGGCUUUUCAAAAUAAAACAGGAAAUGCUGUGGUCGUUGAUGAGGCAGGGAGCCGCCACUAGGGGGCGCUUGUUGCAUCUGCUCUUUGCUCACUUGCUGUUGGCUUCGUCCAAAGAACAACAAGCAAAAGUUGACUCAUCACCUGUCAAUCACAGGGAAUCGAACCUGCACCCGAAUCCACGAAAGCGGCAAAGCGUCCGUCAUUCCGUUCACUCGAUCGACAUUGAUCAAUCCUCUCUCUGUGAUGUGUGUCUUCCCGCAUGCUCGCUGGCUGGACGCCAAUCACUUUUGCCGCAGCUUGGAUGUUGUGCAUUGUUUCAGGUUUAUGUAAGGCGAGGCAUUGAAAAGACACAAUUGAGCAGCAUGGACGAGUCACAGUGUCCGGCAGGCGGAUGCGAUGAGCGUGCGGCGGCGACGAGCCAACCGAGCGACGGUGUCCGACGAGGCCCGCCCCCGGCCUCGGGAACCACGGAGCACCUGGCGGUGAGCGGGGUGACCGGCAACAGUGCGGGUCCCGCGCCGCCCUCUGCCCUGACGGCCGACGCCCCGUCCGGCCCGGCCGAAGGGCGUCACGCCAAUGGUCGUCCUCGUUCCGGCAGCCUAUCGGGUUCUCCGAGGCCGUCACUUAACUCCCCGCGGCCGUCGCUCGGCCGCCAGCCCAGCGCCGUGACGGAGGGUCCGGAGGGUGCGGCCGAACAGUCCAAACCUCCAGACUUCCUGAUGCUGGCCAUCCUGUCUUGCUUCUGCCCGCUGUGGCCCAUCAACAUCGUGGCCCUCACCUUCUCUGUCAUGUCUCGCAACAGCUUGCAGCAGGGGAACGUGGACGGCGCCCGCCGUUUGGGCCGCAAUGCCAUGAUGCUUUCCGUGGUCUCCAUCUUGGGAGGCGUCGCCAUCAUCGCGGCUGCCGUCGCACUCAACCGCGAACUGAUUUUGAAAUCUGGAUAACGCAGCAGCGCCCCGUCCCGCCUCAAGGUCGCCCUGCGCCCACUUCCCGCACGUCGAGCAUGUGCCUGAUGUUCUACCUCCGCCGCGGGAACCCUCGUUGCCACAGAGACCAAGGGCACUCGCAGACGUUAGCCUCGGGAGCAGCGAGAAACGUCUUCCGCAUGAGCAACAAAAGCAUUUGUAGCAUUUGGACGUUUACACACUUGGUCACCGUGCCGGACGACCUAAGGUCACGCUGCAUGUUUCCAAACUUUGACCGUGGAUGGCUUUUGGCCACGCGGCCUCCUUUCAAUAGUACUUUGUCAAUUAGCAAUCGCAUGCCGGUUGGUUUACUAAUGACUAUACGCUAAUAGCACCCCGAGCUAACCUCAGAGCUAACACUAGCCAAUUGAUGUCGAUGUUGCGUGCACAUGAAAUUCCUAGCGUAAUAAUCUCGACCACCAGAUGAGUUCAUCUGCCGCAUGAUUGUUUAGCCGGCUCGACGCCAACGUGCCCGUUCUCCGU